CCGCAAGAUCAGUCGUAUGAGAUGGUCUGGGAGCGAUUUGCCGCCAUAUACGCGAUUCAUGCGCUUCUUCACUCUUUAAAGCCCUCAUGAGCCGCAGGAAAGUGCUGGGCAGAGGCUUGUUAUAUUGCGUUGGUUUUGACCUCCAUCUUUAAUCUCCAGCGGACCCUCGUUCACUAUGCUGGCUAAAUCGUUCACUCUUUCCUUGGCCUGUGCUGCUCUCGCGGCAGCGCAGAGCUCUGGCCCCUCGUUCACAGCUUCUGUGGCCCCUGCAGCGGAGACUGUCGCUCCGGACUCUACGCCCGCCAAUGUGCAGUUGUUUGAGGCCGAGACUGUUCAAUUGACCGACAAAGUCCUUUCUGGGCUUCAGAAUAACCCGGACACUGCACAGUAUGCUUCGCUUUUUGAAUUCGCAAACUCGACGCUGCGUACUCGACACGCUCGCAGGUCACUUCGUUGCAAGACCAUGCCUGGGGACGCCCUGUAUCCCUCGAAGCUUGUAUGGAGUCUCUUUGAUAUGCUGCUCGGCGGCGCCCUCGAGAAGAUUGUACCAAUUGGCUCCGUCUGCUAUCCAAACUCUGAAUACAAAAACUACGAUGCCGAAAAGUGCGCAUACAUUACAGAGAAUUGGGAUGCUGAGAAGAUCUAUUACGAUGACAACGGCGCUCUCAUGAACCCUCUUUACUACGGCAUGACCUGUCCAAUUCCAGGAACGGGAAAUUCUACCACUUGUACGCAGGGUGGUUAUUCGGAGUACGCUGUCAAAAUCAGCAACGUAGCCCAGAUCCAACUGGCGGUCAACCUGGCCCGCACGCUUGACCUCCGCCUAGUUGUGCGCAACACAGGUCAUGACUACGUUGGAAGGUCCGUCGGAAAGGGUGCUCUCAGCGUUUGGACACACGGCCUGAAGGACAUCCAAUAUAUUGAGAACUACGAGAGUUCCACCUACUCGGGCCCUGUGUUCAAGGCUGGUGCUGGAGUCCAGGGUUUCGAGCUGUUGCAGGCGGCCGAGAAGUAUGGUGUUUCUGCUGUCGCUGGUAUCUGCCCAACAGUCGGCGUUACGGGUGGCUACACAACUGGCGGCGGUCACUCCCCGCUGAUGCAGCUGUUCGGUGUUGGUUCUGACCAAGCUCUUGCUCUUGAGGUCGUCCUCGCCAACGGUCGCUUCGUCACUGCUACUCCAACCGUCAACAGUGACCUAUACUGGGCCAUGCUCGGUGGUGGCGGUGGUACCUUCGGAAUCGUCACAUCUAUCGUCCUCAAGGUCCACCCCAAGAUCCCCGUUACUGUCACCACAUGGUCCAUUAUAUCCCAGGGCAUCUCCGUCGAGACGUUUUGGGCGGCGUUCCGAUUCUAUUAUGACAGCUUCCCCGUACUCAACGAGGCCAAGACCUACUCUUACUUCCAGCUUAUGAAGCUCGCUCCAGGCACGUAUUUCUGGAACAUGAACCCCUUUUUCUCCACCAACAAAACCAUCGAGGAAACCAACGCUCUGUUGAAGCCUUUCUAUGACAAGUGCGUGGAGCUUGGCAUCAACCUUACUGUAAACAACACCUAUUACGAAAGUGUCUACCCGGCUUACCACGACGCCUUCGGUGGUCAAAACUACUAUGUCGGCGGUGCCGGCGCCACACCCGCCAAUCGAUUGCUCCCUACAGAGAACUGGGCGGAUGAGGAUAUUCGCAACAAGACCUUUGCUGCUGUUCAGUCCGCCGUCGAGGACGUGGCAUUGCUCAACAUGUACCAUCAACACGCUGCCGACGAGUUCAACACGGGCAAGAACUCUGUCAACCCCGCCUUCCGCAACCUGCAAAGUCAGAUUGUUGCAAUCAACUCAAUCACUGACCAGACGGCUGCUGGCUGGAAGGCUGCCGUUGCUAAAAUGACUGCCACGAUCAUGCGCCCUCUCCGCGAGAUUACUCCCACCGGUGGAGCAUACGGUAACGAGGCUGAUAUUGGCGAACCCGACUGGCAGCAGUCGUUCUGGGGCAAGAACUACCCCAAACUUCUGAAGAUCAAGCAGGAGUACGAUCCUUUUGAUCUGUUCUACGUCUACCACGGUGUUGGCAGUGAGCGUUGGGCCAUUGAGGAUAACGGUAUUGUCGGCGUGCAGUCCUCGGACGGUCCGUUGUGUCGCGUGUAAAAAGUGCCUCGUAUACACUGGUACAUCAUAAUUCCCCCUGUAUGUAGUUAAUGCAAAAG